GCAAUACUAUGCAUAGGAGUGGAGGACAGGAACCGGCAAUUUGUUUGGUGGCAAAGCGUUGUCUCGUUGGCAGUGAACGCAUGCGCACAACACUAGUCUGUGGCACACAUUCCGCACGCAUUGACGACAUAUUUCUUUCUCUUUGAACCCAUCAUUGAAUACGCGAUUGAAAUGCCUUUAGCGAGAGAUCUCUUACACCCGCUGUCUGUGGACGAGCGCCGCAAAUGCAAACUGAAACGUCUGGUUCAACACCCGAACAGCUUCUUCAUGGACGUGAAGUGUCCCGGUUGUCUGAAGAUAACGACGGUCUUCAGUCACGCGCAGACUGUAGUCCAAUGUAAGGGCUGUUCAACCAUAUUGUGUACGCCGACGGGCGGAAAGGCCAGACUCAGGGAUGGCUGCAGUUUCCGUAAAAAACAACAUUAAAUAUAAAAAAUCAAUUUUUAAUUUACUGUCAUUUGUGUUGUUAUUAAACAAAAAAUCUUUGAAUAAAUUAAAAUCGGUUUUUGAAGA